AUGCCAACAACAAACACAACUAUUAUUACACGUGCACCGCUGCAGGUUGCAGAAAGCGUUUCAAAAUCUGCCAGGUUGGCAGCCACGCCUCAUUCAAUGAAUGUUUCAGGCACCGGCUAUGUGCGUUGCAAAGGGUGCCGUGAUCAUCCCUACAGCUGCGCCUACAACAUAAGUGAUUAUGCCUCGACUAUAAACAAUAAUGACCAACCCGCGUGGAUGGAGUUGGGCUACAAGGAGAGAAAGGAAAAGGACAUUCUUUGGGCCUCUUUGGCUUGGUGGGAACCUAGUGGUGACGAAUGGCGUGGUUUGAACUUGCUUCCAUAA